AUGGCCGACAAAGUCUUCGAAUUAAAACUGGUUUUCCAACCACCUGUCAGCGAUACGAUAACCUGUACAAUACACGACCCGGAGUUUUCGUGGAGGAUUUGCUAUCUGAAUUUUCGGCUACAAAUAUUUGCCCAAGCUAGCAAAAAUUGUUUAGCGUACACUAAGGUUAUAGUAACAUGUGAGGACAAAGGUAUGUUGCUAAACUCAGGUUUUUGUCUACUAGUGGGCCUUACAGAUCGGUGGUGCGACGGUGGUGCGACGGUGGUGCGACGGUGGUGCGACGGUGGUGCGACGGUGGUGCGACGGUGGUGCGACGGUGGUGCGACGGUGGUGCGACGGUGGUGCUAUGGUGGUACCACGGUGGUGCUACGAUGGUGCUACGGUGGUGCUACGGUAGUGCUACGGUAGGGCUACAGGGUUGCUACGGUGGUGCUACAGGGUUAAUACGGUGGUGCUAUGGUGGUUUACGGAGCGGUCAUUAUUUUUGACAGAGGUGGCACCGAAGAGAAAAGGGUUUGGUAAACAACAUUUUGAGUGAGUAAAAGGUUAGGGAAUUGAAAAGCAAAGCAAUCCAAGGUUGGGUUACAAAAAAUUAUUGUCAUUUCCAAAGCAUGACUCACGUAAAUAUUGAAGACUAAAAAGCACUGUCAACAUUCAUAUGUCAAUAUUGGUAAUAUUUAUUUUGAUACUUUUAUAGCACCUCGACCAUGUGUACAGCUACCUUGUAUUACCACAACACCACGACCAAGUACCACCCGCCUACCUAAAACCACUCCUCCCUCACCCAGCACCACUCCAUUCCUAACCACACCCAGUGAAGCAGCUUCUCCAGACCAAGGUAAAACAACACCCACGCAAAGUGCAUCACCUGAACAGUUUUCCACUCCUGCCCCACCUCCCCCUGUACCUGUAAUCCAUGUCUGUCCAGGCAGGCCCGGCCCUCCUGGAAAACCAGGGAAUAAAGGUCCACGAGGUUAUCCUGGUCCGCCUGGCCCACCUGGUCCCCCGGGGUAUCCAUGUCCACGAGAAGGCACCAGCUAUCCAGGUACUCCCAGUCCAGUUCCAACAACCAGUCCAGUCACUAUAAGUCCAGUGACUAACACUCCAGUUACUAUCAGUCCAGUGACUAACACUCCAGUUACUAUCAGUCCAGCGAAUGAGACAGUUUCCCAAACGAAUGCCCCAAAUGCAGUGAAAAAUCCAGAUAACCCACCCCAAGCAACAAACAUUAUUGACACACGGUCAAUCAUAGCUUCAGUCCAGAAUGGCACAUCGAAACCUUCCUGUCCAUUCCGUUUCCCCCCUGGUCCCCCAGGUUUCCCAGGCCCCCCUGGACCAAUGGGUCCAGUAGGUGGCCGUGGUCCACCAGGUGCUCCUGGCCCUCCGGCAAGAUGUCCGCGACCAGCACCGCCACCGAAACCUGGUAGGUAUUCUAAAAGCCAGCUCAAUAACUCUGUGACAACGCUGUAACAAUAAAUUUUCGGCUAAAAAAUGGUAACAAUUUGCGCACGUAAUACAAACAUAUACAAAAUAUGCAAACUUCGCAAGGCUAUAUUUUCUGUAUUUUACAACAUUUCAUGACCAAAUUUUGCAAUUUUACUAAUUCCAGAUCUAAUAGGUUCUUUACGGGAAUUUACUUUUUUUGCCUAGAUCAAAUUAGUCGAACAUGCAAGUUGUCUAUUUUCUUUCUUCCAUUUCAGUUUGCCCAGUGUAUUGUCUACCACCUUGUCCCACAACGUGUCCGGCAUAUUGUUGCCCAGUAUCUAGUCCGAUACCACCACCAGUAUACCAUCCAGCACCACAGACAAUGUACCAUCCAAUACCACCAUCACCACCAUACCAACCAUCAGCGUCCCAACCAAUUCCCCACCCGAUGUACCCACCCCCUUCCCCGCCGACGAUGUACCCGCAGCCAAGCCCAGAAGAUCGACACUGCGCGUGUAGAAAUGAAUGCGACGAAUACGGAGCUGGCUGUCGAAAAAUUUGCAGUUGUGAGGAGAUUGAAAUAGUGAAAAAAUCUAAUAUAAUAGCUCCAGAAUAA